UCCAUUACUAUUCGCAGGUGAAGCAAUAGGGAUACAGUCAACAUCACUCACCAUUACCUGCUGUUCUGCUGAGUGAUUGGGCUCCGGUUGUAGUGAGGAAUAACGGCGAUGGCGCCGCUUCCUCCUGGUGGCAGGGGCUGAGGUGACAGGAGAAACUGGUGAUGAUGGACAAAAGACGUCCUCGUCCUCAUCCCGCGACCACAUCGCUGCCAAGCAGGAGGCAGGUGACGUAGGCCCUGAGCAGCGAGUAGUGGAGCUCUGUGGCUGCGGUGCGAAAACGUCUCUCCCCUGUGGCGAUUGCUUCUGUGCGGCAGACGACUCCGCGGGGUGCUCCUUAUGUUGCUGCCGAUGCGACGGCCUAGGCGAAGAAUACUGGGCGCGGGCAAAGGCUGCAAGCUCCCGAGCUUGUAACACCUCAUGAGUUUCAUGCAACUGGUCCAUCAAGCCCAUAUAUUCUCUGAGCUGAUGCAGAUGAGGAUUCCCCUCCAGGAUCGCUUUGAUAGCUUUAAUCCCAACCGCCAUCACCUUAGCGUCCGUUGUGUGGGAAAUCCGUUUAACCAGACAUUGAAUACGGGAGAUAUCACACUCCCGGGACGAGUCCGCUGGGUCCAGGUUGUGGUCGCGUCGUUCUGUCAUGGCUGUGUGCAGGCAGGCAGAGAGGAAGGACCCAAAACGCAGGACUCACGGAAGCGAAAGUAACUCAGAAAGAACUGCUUUAUUGCAGGCUGCUUACCAAACAGAAGACUAACUAAACUGGAAAAUAUAAACUAAUAGGCAGGCAAGAACAGGAAACAGGACACACAGCGGAAACUGAGGGCAGCAGCAGGGAGAAUUUCAUGGUUUGAUCCACAAGUUGAAGCUGCAUCAUAUUCAUCCACAUUCCAGGAUGUCAGUGGGUCAGUUUGAGCGCUUGUUAGCAGCGCUGGGGCUUCAUCUGAGAAUGCAAAGAAAUCAUUUCAGAGUCAACUGAGUCAGAGCAGCGUGUAGCUGUGUGUCUGAGAUAAAUUCUUAAAUGCUAUGAACUGAUGUCACUAUGAGGAAGUGAGCAGGAAGUUGAUGCUGUAUUCAUCUCUGAGAGCAAGAACAGAGACUGAGAGAGACAGAGAAGCACGAUGGCUGCAUUCACAUGGAUUCAAAUGUCUUCAUUACUGAUACUGAUGCUUCAGUUUAAAGGAACAACUGAGCAACAUCAAACUGUCACAGCUGGACGUGGACAUGAUGUUACUCUGUCUUGUAAAAAUGUGAUACAAGGUCAGCAUAACUGUAUCAGUACUACCUGGAUCUUCGGUCAUUCAAGCAGUGCAGUAGCACUCUUUAACCUUGGGCAGAAUAAAGAAGCCAAACCUAAAUCAGACAGACUGAGUCUUUCUGCAGACUGUUCUCUGGUUAUAAAGAAGGUCACAGAUCAGGAUGUUGGUCGUUACACCUGCAGACAGUUCAAAACAGCAACAGGAUCACAAGAAGGUCCAGACUUUAACAUUCAUCUGUCUGUUAUUAACAGUGAAGAUGUGAAAACGACUAAAUCAACAACAGUGACGUUCACCACAAAAAACUCGUCAACAACAUCAACAACUAAACCAACUGGGAAAAUAACAAACAUAUGGACAACAAGAGCGGAAGUAAAGACAUCAGGAGUUCAGUCAGGUUAUAUCAUCGUUCUUGUGGGUUUAGUAACACUGUUCAUCAUUGUUGUGGUGAUCAUCAGAUGGAAGAAAAUUAAAGAAAACAAAACACAAUGUGGCAACAACACGGGACUGAGCUUAAACCCUGCAGAUACUCAGUCUGCUCCAGGAUCCAGUCAGGACACGGCUGAUGCCGAUGAUGGUGUUUCCUACGUCUCCAUCAGCUUCACCAAGAAGUCCAAGAAUAAAUCCAGGUCCCGUGGUGAUGAUGAUGAAGGUGACACUGUGACCUACAGCACUGUGACCUACAGCACUGUGAAAGCUUCCUCUUCACCUGCUGGAGUUUCCACUGAUCCCAACAACCUCUACUCCACCAUCAAUUACCCAAGGAAAUAGGAUGUUAGUCAUGCUAAGUUUUUUAACUAGAUAGAUAGAUAGAUAGAUAGAUAGAUAGAUAGAUAGAUAGAUAGAUAGAUAGACAUUUUUCAGUUCACUUAUUAGUUUUGGUAACUCUGAGUCAAACAUUAAGUCUGAUUAUGUUUACUUGAGAAUACAAAGACUGCAGGAUUACUUUUUCAUACCACUGCAUGUGCUCAUAGAUUCAGUGGGUUACUUUGAACAAGGUGAACAUUAUUACAUUGAAUAUUAUUACAUUAAUAUUCACCUUAAGGUUUCUUAAAUCGAUUUAGGUCAUUUUUUAAUUUUUUUUAAGUAGAAUAUAAAAACUAGUAAACAAAAAACUAAACCAACACAAAACACAACGUUACAAAUAGUGUACUAGUGAAAAUAACAUGUCUGUUUGCACAUGCCUAGUUUUUGGGAUUAAUUUCAGUGUUAACCAGAAUCCUUAAAUAGUAGUUACUGUUUCAGGGCUCUGGUGAUGAUGUCUUACUAUGCCGUGCUGACCUGCUUUCCACCUUCAUGGUACAGUAAGCAGAAUCUGAGCUUUUGAAUGCAUGCUAAACUUUUUGCUAUAAAUAUACCAACACUGCAGCAGUGCUUUCAAUGAUAUCCUGUGAUUACUGGAGUCAAUACAGUGACAUAAGUGUAUGGGUAAAAGUACACUUUGGUCUAUGCAGAGACAAAGUAUGUGAUGGAACAGCAUGGUUAGCAGGUGACACAGCAAAUGUUCAGACUCACAUAUGACAGUGUUAGAUGAAAAUAUUGAAAUAUUGAAAAUAUUCUGCACGUUCAUAUAAAUGAAUUAAUGAAACGCUUCACUAAUAUUAACAUUAUAAACGAUCACAGUAGUGAUCUCCCUAUGACUGUUAAAUUCUGGAGCAAUUAGCACUAAAAACAGAACUGUGUAAAUGUUAGACUUUUCAUUAGGCUGACAUGUAGUAGUAAUUACAAAGUGUGAAGUAUAAGUAAACUGUUUUCUUUUCCAGUUUCAUUAGGAAAUUUAUGAUUACUCACUGUUUGCACACCAAACUUUAUGGUUCUUUCCCCCCAGUUUCUUAAAUUCUUAAGGACAAUGAAUUCAAGAAAAAAAACAGCAAACAGACAUUUGUCACCAGCUGUCUUCAUGAGAAGUUCACAGAAAGAAGAAGUGCAUGAUAUGUAUGUGGUCAGCAUUAGAGGGUUAAACCUACACAGCUCUGCAUAUCCUCACCAAACCACUUCCCUUCAGAAACAAUACAUACAAAAAAAGAGACAGGAAAGAAAAGGUUCAAUGGGACCACCAAUAAAUUUUAAUGGGUUUUGUUGGUUGUUUUUGUGCGUUACUCUUUU